ACCCGUUAUCUAGUGUCAUUUAGGCGGUAGGGACGACUCCAGCCAGCAGAGGCAGCAGAGGCGCGGACUCUACGGAAAUGGUUCGUCAGUGACAAGCACGUUAGCACGUUAGCACAUUAGCAUCCGUUUCUGCUCCGUUAAUUCAACAUGAAUCCGCUGACGAAGGUGAAGCUAAUCAACGAGCUGAACGAGCGGGAGGCGGACCUCGGCGUGAAGGAGUCUGUUUCCUGGCACACGGAGUACAAAGACAGCGCCUGGAUCUUUGUAGGAGGAUUUCCGUUCGAGCUGACUGAAGGUGACAUCAUCUGCGUGUUCUCUCAGUACGGCGAGGUCGUCAACAUCAACCUGGUGCGAGACAAGAAGACAGGGAAGUCCAAAGGUUUCUGCUUCAUCUGCUACGAGGACCAGCGCAGCACCAUCCUCGCUGUCGACAACUUCAACGGCAUCAAGAUUAAAGGUCGGACCAUUCGUGUGGAUCACGUUAAAGACUAUCGUCCUCCCAAAGACUCCGAGGACAUCGAUGACAUCACCAAGCAUCUGAGGGACGAGGGCUGUGCUCCCACAGCCACCAAGUCGACCUCCUCUUCCUCCUCUUCCUCCGAGGAAGACGAGCAGUACGUCAUCCCUGUGAAGAAGCUGAAGAAAGAUAAAAAAGAGAAGAAGAAAAAGAAAAAGAAGAAGAAGAAGGCAGAGCAGGAGAGAGGGAGCCGGGUGUCCUCCUCUGCCUCGCCUCCUCUUCAUCGUACUCCUCCCGCCGUCAGAGUCAAAGAGGAAAAGGAGGACACUGCCUACGACAAGUACAACCAGAGGGGGGCGCCGCCAGGAGGACAACUUAAUGGACAGAGAGCGGGGGAGGAGGCGGAGAGGAGGAGAAAUCAUGAGAGGGAAGGAGAGAGAGAGGAAGACAGACAAAGAGAGACAGACAGAGACUACAAAAGAGAGAGAGAGGGAGACAGACGAAGAGAGACAGACAGAGACUACAAAAGAGAGAGAGAGGGAGACAGACGAAGGGAGACAGACAGAGACGAUAGAAGAGAGAGAGAGGGAGACAGACGAAGGGAGACAGACAGAGACGACAGAAGAGAGAGAGAGGGAGACAGACGAAGGGAGACAGACAGAGACGACAAUAGAGAGGGAGACAGACGAAGGGAGACAGACAGAGACGACAAUAGAGAGGGAGACAGACGAAGGGAGACAGACAGAGACGACAGAAGAGAGGGAGACAGACAGAGACGAGAGAGAGAGGGAGACAGGAGAAGGGAGACAGACAGAGACGACAGAAGAGAGACGGACAGAGAUGGUGAGACAAGGAAAGAGACAGACCGGGACAGAGAUGAUAGAAGAAGAGAGACGGACAGAGACAGCAGAAGAGAGAGAGACGAUGAUAGAAGACAGAUGGUGAAGAGAGAGUGAGACAGUGACGGAAAAAGAAACGACAGAUUUGUUUGUUUCCUUCAGUUAAACAAUUUUGUUGUCAGAUUACAUUUUCUAAUAAAACCUUUUGACUCGA